UGCAGCGUGGGUUGGGGAGGAGAGCAGUGGAGUGAACGCUUCCUGCAGUGAGCAGAUCCCUGAGCAGCUCUCUAGGCAUCCGCUCUGCCCGGAGGAGUCUGUGUGCAGUACCCCUUAACUGUAUUAACGGGGGUCCUUUCUCCUGCAGGAACGUGCAGCCAGGGUCCCUCGCUGCCCCGUCACACACUGAAGACUAAGACUAUGAACUCAGUCUUGACCAAGUGUGGUUCCCCCGCUCGGAGCUGGCUCAAUCUACGCCUGGAGAUAAUUAUAGGAAAGCACAGACUUUCAGACCUCUUCACAAAAGUUGCAAGUGGUAUUCUGAUCAGUGAAGUGUGUGGGGGGCAUGCUUGGACCUUCAUGAACUCCACUGCAUGUUAAUGUUUCCUUCAUUGAGGAAAGGGCUACCUGGGGCAAACCUGUUUGAACAGACCUGCAGAUCCCUCUUACCUACCCAUUCAUUGGGAUGUUCCUCCUUGCCCAUCCGACUGGGAACACACAUGAAAUGUGACAUACAAGUGGACUGAGCAGUCUCCUGAAGCCAUGCAACAUUUGAGGCAGCACUAAGCUGAAUUUCUUUCAUAGAUGAUGGAAAGUGAAAUUUGUGAAAUGUCUGUGGGAGGCUGAAGAAAGGCCCUUUGUCUGCCCCACUGCACAGAGCAUUGGUCCGUUUCUAGUAGCACCCUCUGCCACCCCAGAAUUCCCAUUGCUCAGGAUGAAUGCAGCACUUGUCCAUACACCAGGACCUGCUCCUCAGAGCUGAAGUCUGGCCUCCUCCUGCUAGUCCCACGAUGCUGAAACAUGUUGUGGGCACAGUUCCACGCAGCUGAGAGCUAACAGCAAAGGCAGAAAUACCGACUGCUUCAGCAGACCUCCAGGUUUCUCUUCAGUAUGUUUCUGUACUGGAAAAAGCGAGGCACAUAUGAGCUGGAAACUCUUCCGACUGCUCUGAGGGAGCUGGAGUAUGGGGCAGUGGAACGUUUCUCCUGGAGCUCCACUCUGGAUAUUACUGAGGAUCUUGGUGAUGAUCGGGCUCUAACAGAGGACAAGGUUCUGCGCUGCCAAAAUCCCAACUGUAUUGACAAGAGGAGAGCUCUCAAGGUAUGUCACCAUGCCGAGUGCCAGCAGCUGAACCACAACAAUCCCUUGAACCUGUGUGAGGCCUGUGACCGCAAGUUCCACGGCACCAUGCACUUUGAUGGGCACAUCCGCUUCGACCUGCCCCCCCAAGGUUCCAUUCUGGCCCGGAACGUAUCCACGCGGUCAUGCCCCCCACCCACCAGCCCUGCCUCCGACGUGGAGGAGGAGGACGAAGGGCUAGUGGAUGGGAAGGGGGACAAGAAGAGCUCGGCGCUGAAGCUCCCUAAGAAGAAAGCCCGGCGCAGACACACAGAUGAUCCCAGUAAAGAAUGUUUCACCCUGAAGUUCGAUUUGAAUGUGGACAUAGAAACAGAGAUCGUCCCGGCCAUGAAGAAGAAAUCCCUGGGGGAGGUGCUGCUGCCGGUGUUCGAGAGGAAAGGCAUUGAGCUGGCGAAGGUGGAUAUUUAUCUGGAUCAGUCCAACACGCCUCUGUCACUCAGCUUUGAAGCGUACCGCUUCGGGGGACACUACCUGAGAGUGAAAGCCAAACCCGGCGAUGAGCUCAAGGUGGAGCAGGCUGUGAAAGACUUCAAAUCGCUGAGUCUGCCCAUCAUGCGCUCCUCAGGCUCUGCCUCCACCUUCCUCUUCACCCCCGCCGGGGAGAGACUGGACCAGUCGCCCUUCCGCCGGGAGAGCAUGGAUAUCCUGGCCCCGGGGCGGAAGCGGAAGAACAUGAACGAGUUUCUGGGUGAUUCCAGCAUCCCGGGCCAGGACUCCCUGCAGCACUUCAGUUGCUCCCUGCCCAGCAACGGCAUCGAUACAUGGAAGAAUAGGGCCGCCAGUCGCUUCAGUGGCUUCUUUGGCUCCGGCGCUAGCACCGGCCCCUUCGGACGGGAGAUGGAUAAGAUGGAGCAGCUGGAGAGCAAGCUGCACAGCUAUAGCGUCUUCGGCCUCCCCAAGCUCCCCCAGCAGCUCCGCUUUGACCAAGACUCCUGGGAGGAAGAGGAGGAUGACACCAGCCUGUGUCUGGAAGACAGCUGGCAGGAGAUCACCGAGGGCACGGAGGCCCUGACGCGCCGGCAGUGCCACCAGCAGGAGGCCGUCUGGGAGCUGCUGCACACAGAAGCCACCUACAUCCGGAAGCUGAAAGUGAUCACAGACCUCUUCCUCUGCUGCCUGCUGAGCCUACAGGAAUCAGGGCUGCUGUGUGAGGUGGAAGCCGAGCGUCUGUUCAGCAACAUACAGGAGAUUAUCCAGCUGCACCGGGCCCUGUGGAGCGGCGUCAUGGCCCCCAUCCUGGAGAAGGCCAGGAAGACCAAGGCGCUGCUGGACCCUGUGGACUUCCUAAAGGGAUUCAAAAUGUUUGGCUCCCUCUUCAGGCCCUACAUCCACUACUGCAUGGAGGAGGAGGGCUGCAUGGAGUACAUGCGCACGCUGCUGCGGGACAACGACCUCUUCCGGCUCUACGUGACGUGGGCAGAGAAGCACAAGCAGUGCAACCGCCUGAAGCUCAGCGACAUGCUGGUGAAGCCACACCAGCGCCUCACCAAGUACCCGCUGCUGCUCAAGUCGGUGCUGAAGAAAACGGACAACCCUUGCACCCGGGACGCCAUCAUCACCAUGAUCAAUUCCGUGGAGCGGUUUAUCAACCACGUGAACUCGCGGAUGCGCCAGCGGCAGGAGCAGCAGAAGCUAGUGGCCAUCCUCAGCCGGAUUGACUCCUACGAGGUGGUGGACAGCAGCACGGAGGAGGUGGAUAAGCUCCUGAAGGAGUUCCUGCGCCUGGACCUGACGGCCCCCAUCCCGGGCACCUCCCCUGAGGACACGCGGCAACUCCUCCUGGAGGGGAGCUUGAAAAUGAAGGAAGGUAAAGACAGCAAGAUGGACGUUUACUGCUUCCUCUUCACGGACCUGUUCCUCAUCACCAAGCCGGUGAAGAAGGCUGAGCGCACUAAGGUCAUCCGGCAGCCCCUGCUCGUGGACAAGAUCAUCUGCCGGGAGCUCAAGGACCCCGGCUCCUUCCUCCUGAUCUAUCUCAAUGAGCUGCGCAGCGCCGUGGGAGCCUACACCUUCCAGGCCAGCGGGCAGUCCCUGUGCCGCGGCUGGAUCGAGGCACUGUACAAUGCACAGAACCUCCUGCAGCGGCUGCGUCUCCAGGAGCGGCAGCGUAGCCAGCGGCAGCAUCUGCAGGGCCUGGAGGAGGGAGAGGACGGGGAGAGCGGGGCCUCGGCAGCCAGCUCACCCACCAUCCUGCGCAGAAGCAGGAACAGCCUGGACUCCCAGCAAUGCCCCUCUGACGGUUCCACAGAGACCAUCUCGGUGGUGGUGGUGGAUGCCAGCGAGGAGCUCUCCUUCCCGGACUUGGAAGUGGGGCCGUUCAGCUCACAGUCGGACGAGACCUCCAUCAGCACCACUGCUUCGUCCAUCACCCCCACCCGGGAGCUGCUGGAGGGGGGCGGGGAGCUUGCAGAGACACUCCCCCCACCCAGCUCCAAUUGCCUGACGCUGGAUUCCAGCGGCUGCAGGUCAGCGUCCAUUGACAGUGCCUAUGGCACCCUCUCCCCCACCUCCAUCCAGGAGUUUGCUGAGGCGCAGCAGCUGGAGCCGGGGGCGGAAGAUGGGGGACCCCUGCACACGCAGCGCGCCCCCUCACCCAAGUUGCGCCGCAGGACGCCUGUGCAGCUUCUGCCCUGCAAGGUGAAAGCACUCAAGUCCAAGUCAGAGGCCAGCCUAUUGCAGCUGAUUCCAGUCUCGCCCCCUCUCGCCCAGAGUAAGAGUCUCUGCAACCUCUUCACAGCUCCGGGCCAGGCCACGUUCCUGGCAGGCCCCAGCCAAGGACUUGAACGGUGUGAGGUCCCAGCUGGCUUCCAGAGGACUAGCAGGGCGAGUGCCAGGAUUGAGGAAGCCCGGUCGGACUGCAGUAGCCUCGGCCUGAGCAUCUGCAGCAGCAGCAGCAGCAGCGGCUCCUCAUCAGAGUUCUCCGAGCCCGAGGAGCUGAUGUGUGCCAAGGGCUUUGCUUACCCAGCCGAGAGCAAUGUGACGUCCCCUGCUGCGCCUGGGCAGGAAGGUCCCCAAGCAGGGCCUGAGGGGGCGCCUGCCCCGUGCUGGGCUCCCAGCACCGCCGUGACCGAGUGCUGCCAGGAGCUGCCCCUUGCCCACAGGACACUGUCAGACCCGCAGGCAGCCCAACACCGCAAGCUGACCCUGGCUCAGCUGUACAGGAUCAGGACCACCUUGCUCCUCAACUCCACGUUGACUGCCUCGGAGGUCUGAGAGCUGCAGGAGGCUCCAGGAGAGGAGCAGUGCUGCCAGUUCCGCCAAGCCCUGACGAUGUAGCAUGAGCACCCAGGGCCCUGGGAGAUGUUAGGCCCUGAAAGCAGCGGCCAGCAGCAUGUCAAGGCUGCGUGUGGGUGGGAGAGAGACAGGGCACAGGCAUAUGGACAGAGGGAGGGGGUGUGUGGAUGCGAGGGUGCAUGU